AUGGAACAUGGCGCGUGCAAUGUAGUCUACAUUGACCGGCGGGCCAACGACGAGCAUGUCCGCAAGGGAAACCUGUCCAAAUCGCUCGUCGCGCGCACCAGCACCGGAAACGUCGGCCAGAGCUACUUUGCCAUGGGCAAGACAUCGCCGCGCGAAGUGCAUGACAAUGUCGAGGCCAUGCUGUCCAUCUCCGCCGAAGUACACAUCUGCAGCACAGGCCGGGCCUGCCUCCAGAAGAUUGACCAGCUCAUUGACGACACCAAGAGCGGCAUUCCUACCUUUGUCAUAAUAGAUAUCCCAUACGACGAAGAGCAGCGCAUGAAACGUCUGUCCCGCGAACCACGCACGCCCUCGCCCACGUCGUCACGCCUCACCCGCAUGGACACGACCGAGCCCGACGACAUCUACGCCAUGCACCUCCUCACCCACAUCUCGUCGGAGAUUUCGUCGCGCAACUUCUCCAAACUCGUCGUCCCCGUCGUCAUGCUGUCGGGACUGACGCAAGACGAGCCCACGUCAUCGGGCCCGCACCCGUCGUCCAGCUUACACAUGUCGUUUCCGCUGAGCGACUCAGUCCGCCUGACGCGCUAUCUCGAUGCUGGUGCUGUCGACGUACUGACGAGUCCCAUGUCAAGAGACCGCAUGCUCGGCUUGGCUGUUCAUGCCUACCGGUUACAGAAAGAAUUUAACCGGGAAGAAGCAAGUUUUCUGACCACUAAGCGGAAUCGGAAGCUUUCCUGGGUCGGCGUCGAUGACGCGAAGCCCUAUGCUUACUUGCGUGAGGCCAUGGUUUCAAAUCUCAUGACUGGGAUUUGCAAUCCCGAGACUGUGGGAGACUCCCUUGACUCCAUGGAUUUUCAUCUCGACCAUGACCGCAAGGUGCUUGUUGAAAACGCCGUGGGAAUGUGGGCCUUUUCCGCCCACGACUUUACUGACGAUGAGCUGCUCUACGGUGCUUUGGUAAUGCUCAAGCAUGCGCUACAGAUGCCCGAGCUGGAAAAAUGGUUAAUCACCGAAGACGAGAUGAUUGUCUUUCUCCUGGCAUGUCGUACGGCAUACAAUGAGUUUGUCAAAUACCACAACUUCCGCCAUGUUGUCGAUGUCCUCCAAGCCCUCUUCCACUUCCUUGUCCAAAUAGGCACCCUGCCCGUAUAUCCCUCCGACACGUAUACCUUCUACGCCCCAAAGUCGCCCAUUGCCCAACUUCUCAAGCCCUUCGAUGCGCUCACGCUGUUGAUCUCUGCCAUUGGCCACGACGUCGGCCACCCGGGUGUCAACAACGCAUUCUUAGUUGCAUUGAAUGCGCCACUAGCGCAACUUUACAACGACCGCUCCGUUCUAGAAUCCUUCCAUUGCGCCGCCUAUUCGCAAAUCCUACGACGAUACUGGCCAAAAGCUUUUUCCGAUAUUCCCAUGCGCAAACUCAUGAUCAACAACAUACUUGCAACGGAUAUGGGCCUUCAUUUCAAGUACAUGAGCGAUUUGGGCAACCUACAACAAAAGGUUGCGCACGAUCGAGGAGUAGACGGGUGGAGCGCCAAAGUUCAGGAAGAGCAAAAGGAUCUGACAUGUGGUCUGCUCAUAAAAUGUGCCGACAUUUGUAAUGUGUCGCGGAAAUUCGACACGGCUGCCAAAUGGGUCAACAUUCUUACCGAUGAGUUUUGCAAUCAAGGUCUCAUGGAAGAGGAACUGGAGAUGCCCUCGUGUCUUUUCGGGGGUCCACCGGUCCGCGACGACGUCGUUAAGCUUGGCGAAUCCCAGAUCGGUUUUAUUAACAUCUUUGCCAGGCCACUAUUCGAAGCAGUGGCAGACAUUCUACCCGCCAUGCAAUUCGCAGUCGACGAAAUCUUGACUAACAAGGUUAUCUGGGAACACAAGAUAGAAGAGGAACGGCGCAAGAAAAAGAAGAACAAGAAUAUGAAUCUUGGACUGCUCACAUCAGGCUUCGCUGUGGAUCCAACCCCAAGCCCUCUUUCUGGAGGAUCAUCAUCCAGGCCCGCCAUCAAAAUACCUCUGAGCGCCAUCAAGACCAUUUCUCCCGAAGAAGCGGCUCGCAGAGGAUCGACUGGCUCGAUGCAAGCCAUAGCCGCGGCGUCAGACUCGAGAAGGUCAUCAUCCAUCAUAGACAGGAGCUCGCGGCGGUCGUCUACCACGCCUAUCCCAGGCCAAAGAUCCAUGGGUUCCAACGAGAAUGCAAGCUCAUCCAGGCGAGGCAGUCGGGAUCCUAGCCUUACUGCCAUUUUGGUUACCCAGACUCCAAACGCCUCUGACCAAGCCUCGAAAGGACAGUCGGCAAAUCCAGACGAUCGGUCCAGGGCAGAUCGCAAGGAUACACUGACCAGGUCAUCCUCGUUGAAGAAGGACAGGGAUAGCGCCAGGCCUGUUACGGCCCCCUCCCAUGCUAGGCGCAGUCAAACCCUCGACCCUUACCCAACAACACAGCCCUCGUCUCAAAGCCACUCCCAAGUUGACUUGUCCCACUCAGCCAACGGAAACCUUGAUGGCUCAAAGCUGCAGCGAUGGGACACGAACAACAAACUGAGCGCAGACAGCAACGCAGCCCGCUCCGAUGUCUCGCGCGACUCCAGCUGGUGGCGACAAAUGGGCUCACGACGACGUACGCGCGAUGUGAGGAACGGCGACAUGGAGGCACGCACUCCGGUCAAGGAAGUCAUGCCCGACACGCUAGCGCCUCCCAAUGCCGAUUCGCCCACGACGUCACCCACGUGUUCGAGUCCUGGCCGAAAAACCACGACGGGCAAGAUUAUGAGCUUCUUCAAACGAAAGCCAAACAGUCAAAAGGAGCCAGAGAAGCAGUUGUCUAGUUUCGGCAGCUCUUCGCAGCUGCGAACCCCACAGAUCAGCGACCCAGGCCGAUCCCUCAACAGCGACGAUUGA